GACUCGAGAAGGCCGCCGUCGCACCGUACGGUACUUCGGUUUCAAAAGUGGCGUGAUCGCAAGACAGGCGAAACUCGUCAUGCAUUCACGUGUGUGUUCGUAAGACAAUUCGACUCUUUCGUGUAAUUGAGGAAAGUAACAACUGAUAUAAUACAUGGUGUUUUGGUUACUAUAGUGUUUGCGAUAAAAGCACCUUUGAACCUUCUGUUAACGUGAUUAUUACAUUAUAUUGUUCCUCGAGAAAAUUUACAAUUACCGCACGCCGGCUGGAUUAUAUCAUACUGUUUGAAACAGACAGGUAGAGAUUUUCCAUGAUGUCCCGGUUUCCGUGUGCAGUGGCAUGCGCCCUGUUAAUCUUCGCCCAAGUAUCGAGGGCAUUGGAUUGCCCUGAUUCAUGCAACUGCUACAAUGCACCAGAUAGUUUAAUCGAAGCCAACUGCACAGACUUAAUUAAAUUACAAAAAUACCUCAAUAGUGAGAAAACGUUCAAUUUAGAUAUUCUCAAACUCAGUGAUCCAACCAUCACUACGAUCAAUGGUCAAUUAGAUAAGUUAAACAGUCUUAGCAUAUUAGAUCUAUCUGGUAACAAUUUGAGUUCCGUGAAGAAGCUACCAAAAAAUGUUGUUAAAUUAGAUUUAAGUAAUAAUUUCUUGAAGAGUAUAGAAGAUUUGCCGCAGAGCGUUAAGGAAGUAAAUUUACGGGGAAACAGGAUAAUAGAUUUGUCGUAUAAAAUUACGAGCUUGAAGCAUCUGCGUAGAUUCUUUUUGGAAAACAAUUCAUUAGCCUGUUCCUGUGAGACUAUUCAAGUUCGCGAUUGGUUGAUUAAAAGCUACAUCUCUACUGAUAAACCAUUCUGUCUCACAGACCAAGGAAAACAAAUACUUCUUUCAGAAGUUAAAACUUCCGACGUAUGUCUCAAAGUAAAAACAAAAUAUGAUUUAGAAGAUUUGAUGCAAGGUGAUGAUCCAUUAGGAGGAUCCGUAUUUCAAGGAUCAGGUUCAGAACCUGAUGACGAAGACUUAUUUAUCACAGUAUCGUCCAAACCUCCGUCCAAUGACAGUCACGAUGAUAAACAUUCUAUUUAUGAAGGAUCAGGAGAGAGUGACUUCGAUUUUAUAGACCAAGCAGUGACCUACGAUGAUAUAGCUGAAGAAUCGACAUCUACUACAGAAGCGGUGAAAUCAACCACGGAACAACCAUUGAAAAAACCGUCUCCCAUGGAUGAUACUGAAGACGAGGAGGAAGAGUCGGGAUCAGGGUCAGGAUCAGGAGAUGGAGGUAUAUUGCCAUUUAAUGAUUAUGAUGAAUUUGAUGCAUUCUUUGCAUCCGAGAUACCUACAACUGAGGAACCUGUAACAUCAUCAAGUUCAUUCUUUGAUUGGAAUCCAUUUUCUUGGUUUUCUGGUUCCAAUACGGCAACUGAAGAAGUUUCAGAGAGCACACCUGAAGCUAAAGUGGAUGACGAAAAGGAUGACGAGAACGAUGAAGUUGCAACAACUGAAACUUUGAUUACUGAAGCUCCAAUCAUUCCAAAAGUUGUUGAAAAAAUACAAGCUGAAGUUCCAAAAACUGUUUCAGAAGAGAAAGUAGAAGUUAAAACAGACGAAGAAACUGAAAGUAAAAAGGAUGUGGAGGACGAUGUGGAAUUAGGCAAUGUAAGAAGUGAACAGGAUGGUGACAAUGUAACAACUUAUGCUUGCCUCGGGGUAUUAUCUCUACUGUUAUUAUUACUUAUCAUAUUUGUUAUUUUCAAAAAACGAAAAUCGGAUAAAAAACGCAAAAGGCAAGGAAAACGUGAUGUAGAAAGCCGCGGCACGGAGAUGCGAGAUAUGAAUAAAAAACUAAUGGAACAAAAUUCUGCAAAACCAGCAGCAAAUGGAAAAAAUGGAAACUUUGAAACUGAUUCAUUGUUACCAAAUGGAGAUAAAAAACCAGUAGCUAUGCCAAGAAUAGUGCCUAGCGCAAUUGAUCCAAAACCAGCUCUAGAAAAAUUGUUGGAUCCGAAAGCUGAUGCUAUUGAAACUUAUGAUAAUGUUCCAUUGCCUAAAAAUGUAGCACCUGUUUCUUCUAAUAAAGGUAGUUCUGUACUUCAUCCAGUCAACGACCACGACAGUUCCAAUGAUUAUAAAGUCAAAACCAAACUAAAAGAAAUUCCAGAAUCGUUACCGAAAACUCCUGUCCUGGUCAAUAGGACAAGAUCCAAUGCUGGUGACAUAAUUGUAACCCCGGUAAAUAAAAAUGGUUUAAAUGGAAAUACUGGAAGAUAAGUUUAUAAGUUGUGGUGCACAAAUAUUAGACUUUACAAUAAAUUGUUAUACAAUACGAGUCGUA